CGUCUUGUUCAUGCCUACUUCAACCGCCACCAAGCAAGCCAUCUUUUCUUCCCCUCUCGCCAUCCCUUUCAGCAGCCAUCGUAGGCACGUUUCUUGUUCUUUGAAUUUUGGCCUGCUCUGAGCAACACAUGCUCUGAGCAACACAUGCUCUGAGCAACACAUCAUGAGUCUUGUCACGACACGCACCACCGCUCACGAGGCGUCCACACAGGCACGUCUGCCUCUGAAGCACCAUGCACCCUCAUACCAUUUGAAGGCUCGCGGCUGGAUGAACGAUCCGUGCGGCCCAGGUUACAACCCCAUCACAAAAACCUAUCACAUCUUUUAUCAAUGGAAUCCGUAUGGCUGUGAGUGGGGCAACAUGUCUUGGGGUCAUGCAACGAGCCAAGAUGGUUUGCGUUGGACACAUGCUCCCUCGGGCGAGCCCGCUCUCAAACCUAGUGAGCCCUAUGACAAGGAGGGCAUCUUCACUGGCUGCUUCUGGCCCACCGGACCUCACGGCGAGAAGGACCAGCUCACCGUCGUCUACUCGUCCAUUGCCGCCCUGCCCAUCCACUGGACGUUGAAGCACAUACGCAACUCGGAGGGCGUGUCGCUCGCUACUUCCACAGAUGCUGGCAAGACGUGGCAGAAGAGCGAGCUCAACCCCAUCCUCGUGGGCGAGCCCGAGGACGUCGAAGUCACCGGCUUUCGCGACCCGUUCCUCGCCGAGUGGCCUGCGCUCGACCUCAUUCGCGGCGAGAAGAGCCUCUACGGCUUCUUGUCCGGCGGCGUCUCCGGCAAGGGCCCCACGGUGUUCUUGUACGCCAUCCCUCCUGACAACCUCACGGAGUGGAAAUAUCUCGGUCCCCUCGCUGACCUGACGGCCGGGUUCCGCGCCCCCGGCUCCUGGACGGGCAAUUUCGGCGUCAACUGGGAAUGUGUCAACUUUCUCAGCCUGCAGAUGGUGCCCACGAGCAAGAUUUUCUUCUCAUGGUGGUCAUCGUGGUUCUCCGGUUCGGUAGAGCAGACUGCGGCCGGCCCACGUCUGCGGCACGAGUUUGACGGUGUUCUGGAUCACGGCAGCCUGUACGCGCCCAACUCCUAUGUUCAUCCUGAGACGCAAAAGAGGAUCACCAUCGGCUGGGUUCGAGAGGAUGGCCUGCCAAUGAGCCGUUGCAAAGCAAGGGGCUGGACGGGCUUCUUGUCCUUGCCACGAGAACUGUUCCUCUCCACGACACACAAUGUGACCAGGGGCCUGCAAUCGCCAAUCGAGGACAUUCGUUCUUUCAAGAUUCUGGAGAGCGGCUCGGGCGGAAAGACCGUGAAGACGUUGGGAAUCAAGCCCAUGGACGACCUCCGAACACUGCGCCCCUCCCGUCCGGCAGAGUGGUCAUCUCUGGGCCGGACGAGCGCUGCCGGCAUCCUGCGAGAGCGGACCCGCAACCAGAGCUGGGAGCUCGACGCCGUGAUCACAGUCGACCCCAGGCAGAGGCGCGUCGGUUUUAACAUAUGCCAAAGCCCCGACGGCCUGCAGAGGACGACUGUGUACUUCACCCCCCAGACUGAGCAGAUUGUCGUUGACAAGAGUCUCUCCAACACCGAGGCGGACGUCGACAAGUCGCUUCUCGAUGCGCCCUUUACACUUCUGUACUCGCUUGAAAACGGGACGGAGAAGCUGGAGAAGCUUCGCUUGCGCAUCUUCCGUGAUGGAGAUGUGCUCGAGGUCUUUGCCAACGAUCGCUUUGCAUUGACCACAACAGUCUACUGCGACGAUUCGUGCGCGGGCAUCAGCUGGUUCCUCGAUGACGAAGGGUCACACAGCGUGUUUGAUUCGGUCCAGCUGUGGGAGGACAUGGCCGGCACGCAGGGACAGGUGCCCGAAAUCGGACAGCCUCAUCUGUAA